AAAUGCCAGACUUGUUGUCAGUAGAAGAUGACCCUAUGGAGUCAGAACCAUGGGCAAAGCCACUUGCUCAUCUGUGGCAAAACCGGCCCCAGAACUUCCUUGCAGAACGAGAAUACAACUGCAUAGUGGCACAGCAGAUGCCUUACUGCUCAAUUUGUGCACUCUUCCAGUCAUACCAGGUAGAUUGUGAAGAUGGUCAGGGUUCCAGAAGUAAAAGCCAAUCGUUGGAUGUGAGCAAACCCAGAAACCAAAUGAAAAGCAAGCCAUUGGUUCCAGAGAUGUGCUUCACAUCUGGAAGUGACCAUGUAGACCUAACUCUUCCCACUUCUUAUGUGGACGAAGAUGGAAUGAGCAUUCUUGUAACAUGUGCAAAGUGCUGUGUAUGUGUUCAUGCAAGCUGCUAUGGAGUUGCUCCUGAGAAAGCAACUGAUGACUGGAUCUGUGCAAGGUGUGCAGCUAAUGCUUUGGCAGCAGAUUGUUGUCUAUGUACCCUUCGGGGAGGAGCACUUCAGAAAACCACUGACAACAGGUGGGUACAUCUGCUGUGUGCUGUUGCAGUGCAAGAGGUACGGUUUGUGAAUGUUGCAGAACGCAGCCCUGUGGAUGUCAGUCCAAUACCACCACUACGCUGGAAACUGAAAUGCUUCUACUGUAAGAAACGAAUGAAGAAGACUGGUGGUUGCUGUGUGCAAUGCUCGCAUGGCCGUUGUCCCACUUCCUUUCAUGCGACCUGCGCCCAAGCCGCUGGUGUGAUCAUGCAGCCUGAUGACUGGCCAUUUGUAGUCUUUAUCACUUGUUGCAGGCACAAAACACCCAACCAGGCAGAGCGUGCCAAAUUAGCUUUGAAUGAUAUUGAAAUUGGGCAAAAAGUCAUCUCAAAGCACAAGAAUGGACGCUUUUACCAGUGUGAGGUGGUAGGAUUGACUAAAGAAACAUUCUAUGAAGUGAAUUUUGAUGAUGGAUCCUUCAGUGACAAUUUGUAUCCAGAGGAUAUUGUGAGCCGGGACUGCCUUAGUUUGGGACCCCCUGCAGGGGGAGAGGUUGUACAAGUGAGAUGGACUGAUGGUCUGGUUUAUGGGGCCCAAUUUGUAGCAUCACAUGUUAUACAGCUCUAUCAGGUUGAAUUUGAAGAUGCAUCUCAACUAAUGGUGAAAAGAGAAGAUGUGUACACUCUUAAUGAGGAACUCCCCAAAAAAGUAAAGUCCAGGCUGUCUGUCGCAUCUGACAUGCGAUUCACUGGAAUUUUUGCAGAAGAAGAGGUUGCUCCGGUGACCAAGCGACAGCGAGUUCUGAACUCCAGAUAUCGUGGGGACUAUGUUGAGCCAUCUCUCUACCGUGCAAUUAUGGAAUAAAAUUGCUAUAAUUACAGAAACUGUUCAGAACAUGACCUAUGGAAGCCAUUGUGACAGAUUUUGGUUUUCAUAUCUGGUUGUAUUGUAGAUACGUCAAAGCAGUUGAGGUGCAGCUGAAUUCUAAUCCCUUUGGUGGCAAAACUACCAAGGGUACCUCGUUAUUCGCAACACUCCCAUUGAACUUGAAUAUUGAAUAUCAUGGGAUUCAGCAAAGCUGUUUUCAGGCGUUUUUUUGCUCAUGCUCCGGAGUCUUGCAUUUUAAACCGCAAACUAAUCAGGAUCGAGGAAUGCCUUUAAUGGAGUCUUCAGUGGGCUAGAAAUAGGAUUGCAAAAAAAAAGUCUUUCGGUUAGAUUUCAACACUAACAUCCAUGUUCAGAAUAAAAAAUGCAUUUACAUUUUAAUAUUGCUGAUCCCUGUUUGGUAAAUGUCAUUAACAUCUACAUUCAACUACCAGUUGAAACCUAUUGCAUACCUGGUCUGUUGAACAUAAAAGUACUAACUUUGAAGAUUGAUUGACGCAUGGCUGUUUAACCAUAGGCAUAGAAGCAUUCCCUCUGUAUAUAGGCUGUGAAGUUCUGGAAGUUGUGAAUGGGUUUUCACCAUAUCCAGUCAUUAGCCCAAAACUAGGGCCCUCACCGGUGCUUGAGUUAAAACUCUUAUCUGUAUUUAUAGGGGAAAUCUUAACCAUAUAGGUUGGCUGAUAUGAUUAGACACAAGGUUUUUAAAAGUUUCACCCCCAUACCUCAAAUAUAGCGGUUUAUUCAGUGUUCAUAAUGGAAAUAAACAGAAAAUUGACAUUGAAUGGUAAGUAUUAAUGAUAAAGUAGCAAAUGAUUUAUGAAUGGCCCUGCCCAAACCAAAAUCCCAGCUGCCCAAAUUGCUCUUCUAAAGAUGUCCCCAUCUUUGUGAACCUCAUGUACUGAUAGACUUGCGUGCUGUUUUUACUUGUGUCACAAAUUAUAUUUGUUUAUUCAAUGAAUUAUUAAAUUUUAUUCCAAUAUUCUUGCAAACUCAAUUGCAGUGUAAAAUGCUCCUUUCAGUUACGUUAUUGGUUUGGUGUAGACUGUAGAAACAGACACUAGACAAAUGCCACAAGAUUACUCUUUAUAUUGAAACCAUGGUGGAUGUUCCCUUUGGGCCAAAUACAAAGUUGUAUGCAAAUAUUACUAGCCAUGGUAGCUGGUUUAAUGGACUGGCUCUUUUUGAAGUUUACUAUUUCUGAUAUUUAUUGGGUUAGAUCAGUGCCAUCUGCUGUUGAGAGAUUUGGUAGAAUAAUAGAACUGAACAGGUUGUUAUCUUAAAAAUAUAGUAAAUUUAACUAUUAGACCUAGAAAAUCAGUUGUUCAGUGACUGCAUUGUGUGUUCUUAAAGUCGCAUUGCAUCUAAGUUCAUCAGUAAGACUCUUUGUUCAGUCUGAGCUACUUCUAUUUAAAAGAAGAAAUAUAAGUAAAUUUAAACUAUUUUGAACCUGUGAACAAAAAAGAAAGUUUAAUUAACCAGAAAAGAAAAUGAAAUGCUAGUACAAAAUAUAUAGUUGGCAGCCAUAAUUCAAUAUUCCUUUUCUUUCUCUAAAAAACAGCAAACUUAAAACUUUCUAAACUAUUUUUAUUCACCUUGGUUCUUUUAAGUUAUUAGUAGCAUACCAUUUUAGCCCAUCGCCUUUGAUCCUACAUUUCAGAAAAAUAGUUAUUCUUCCAAAACUGACAUGACUCCACUCUAAUAAGAGCAGAAUACUGCAGAUGCCAGAGAUCUAAAACAAAAAUAAUGUUUGCUGCCUGGCAGCAAGUGUUUCUCCAGCAUUUUCUGUUUUUAUUUCAUACUUCCAGCAUCCACAGUAUUCUGCUUUGAUUUGAAGAUCUAGUUAUAUCCAGAACCUUGUAUUUUCUGUUGCAAUUUGCAAGUAUGCAGCCCAUGGGUCACAAUGAUGGCAAAUAUUGCUUUCUUAACAUUGAUUUGGAUACAAGAAACAUAUCUGAUAUUGGCUUGUGUAUCUUCUAUUUCAGCACUUUUUAAAAAAAAUUUUGUUAUUCAACCCCUUCUUAAAUGAUCAGUCUCCUUAAUGAUGCUCUCUUUAGUGAAGGAGUCCUACAUCUCUGUCACUUGAUGGUUCUGCCACGAUAGAAGACAGUCGGUGCAACCAUUAUAAAAGUUGUGAUCUUUUUGACAGAUGAGUAAUUUCUCAACAAAUUUAACAGCUCUUUUAUACGUUUGAAAACUAUUGGCUCUUUGAGUUUAAUGUUACUUCACAAGUUUGCUUAUUUAUUGCAGCUCACCUAUUUUUUUUUUUAAAAAUCCAUCUUCAAACUUCUUGUGGAAUGAUUUUGCAUUCCCCACAUACCCCCAAUCCCAUCCCCAUUUCUCAUCUUUUGAACAUGUUUUAAAUCAUUGUGUCUAAUCUGAGGCCUACAGUCUACACUACAACCACCUCAGGAGUCUGUACAGUAAUUGAUUGUAUUGAUCUAUGAAAAUGACUGUAUUAGUUCAAACAAACAUGAAGUUUAAAUGGCUUGCUGUGAUUGUUUAGGAAAAUAAGACACCUUGAAAUGAUUUGCAGUUAAUAAAUGUUUUUUGUCUUUGA